CUUUGCGCGCCGCGUCCGCCUCGAAAUGCCGCGCACGAGGAAAACAACGCAACGACGUUGACGGGAAGAAACGUCCCCGCGGAAGUUAACCGGGCGAUUCUCGGUCGGAUGGAUUUUUUCGCGCCUACUCUUCGUGAACUGUCACGUAGUACGUGCCUUGGUCGUCCGCGGGAUUCGCGUUCGCCGUUUCGUCCGUCGCGCGGAGACGACGCGCGAUUCUCUCCCUCGUCGGUGGACACGUCGCGCGACGCCGCCGUUUAAAAAUACAACGCGUAGAUAUCGAGUGACGAGAUUAUUUAUCCGGCAGCGAUCAAGUCCGCGCGCGAUGUUUAUGUUCCCGCGGGGGGCGGGCGGGAGAGAGCGGAGAAGCCGUGCGAGUUGAUCGAAAUUCUUUGUUUUGCGGCACUACCUUGUUGAGCAUUUAAUGUAACAAGAUAAUCGGUCACAGUGGGAUUGUCUAACGGCGCGUCACCGACUUGCAUCGUGUCUUUGUGGCUACAAUCGUUGAAAUUGUUAAACCGUGACUUCAGUUCUAUCGCGGAAAGAAAGAGAAGAAAAACGACGUUGCUUGUUUACUCGGUCUGGCCGUUUUCCCCACACUUGACAAGCCAUGUCAUCAGGAGCAGGAUCUAGUGGGACUGGACGAGGACGAGGUUCUUCCUUGGCAGACAAUAAACCAGAAAGUAAGGAAGCCAAGCCAAAUCCAAAGAUGUCGAAAGCUUUAGGAACUUCCGCUAAAAGGAUACAAAAGGAAUUGGCAGAAAUUACUCUAGAUCCACCUCCUAACUGCAGUGCAGGGCCAAAAGGUGAUAACCUGUAUGAAUGGGUUUCUACCAUAUUAGGUCCACCAGGUUCAGUUUACGAGGGUGGUGUCUUCUUUCUUGAUAUACAUUUUUCACCGGAAUAUCCUUUUAAACCUCCUAAGGUUACAUUCCGAACACGUAUCUACCAUUGCAAUAUAAAUAGUCAAGGUGUUAUCUGCCUGGACAUAUUGAAGGAUAAUUGGUCACCUGCGUUAACGAUCUCAAAAGUUUUACUGUCAAUAUGUUCCCUCUUAACAGACUGCAAUCCAGCUGAUCCAUUGGUGGGUAGUAUAGCUACGCAAUAUCUACAAAAUAGAGAAGAACACGACCGCAUAGCACGGCUUUGGACCAAACGUUAUGCCACAUGAGCAUGUUCUUAUCUUCAUACUAAACUCCUAUUAGUCUCAUGCCAAGUUACGAUCCGCUGCUGCUCUCAUACAAUUUGUCUCAUAUACAUAGCCUGUAUACAUCUCUAUCUAUGAUCACCGUUGGUCGGGUGAAAAGAAACACAAGUGAGCACACAAAGAACGUUUGAGAACAACUCAAACAACAUGAUUGUGAUGUGCUUUUAUGUUGAGUAUGUAACUGUGCCUAAGAUGAAUGAAUGUGCGUGCAAGUGUGUUCAAAACAGUGCGUUAGGGCAUGGCGAGACCAGGAGUUUUUUUCACUUAAAAGUUACAAUGAGAUAGUAUUUAAAUGGAUCGUAUUGUGUAUCAACAAUACUACCCGAAUGCUGCUAAUGUUUCUAGAAUAGGUGGUAACAUGAACAAUAUUGAUAAUCUAAAUUGUAAGUAACUGAUAGGUACACAUAGACGUUAAGAUAAUGAACAUAGAGGCCCGUUUCUCCAUAAUCGAACUCCCAUAUUUUUAUAUUGAAUUGUCUUAAAUUUAAAUUAUUAUGUUCAUACACGUAUCUUGCGCCCGAACUGUAGAUUAGCAACAUGUAACUAUAAUUUAACCGAUAUAAAACUACAUGCAUACGAUUUUGUGUUCAUAAUACGAUUGUGAAAAUUUCACUGCGUGGAUGCUCGAUAUUUGCGCUGACGGACGCAAUCUGACUGUUUGGGCCCAUCCGGGAAAAAAAUAUAUUGUAAUUGUAAAUAAAUAUUAUUUCCUGUACAUUCAGGCUGGUGAAACAUACGAGAAACUUGUAACUUUAACCUGAAUUUAUAUUCUGUCUACACACACACACACACACAGUGCAUACGUGUGUGGUGCGCGUAUGUGUGUUGUGCGUGUGUGUAUGUGUGCGCGCGCGCGCGCAUAUGUAAAAAUUAAAACGUUAUUAACGAUUGCACCAAUAGAGCCCUAACUUACUGAUUUUGUUUAACGAAUUUCUCUCAACCCUUUUUAGAUCAUAUUAGUUUUAAGUUCAUAAUAUAAUUAGCAAAAAAAAAAGAAAUAUAACGUUUGACACGUCGAGCGAUGUUGGUGCAAUCUACGCGUCCUUAGACCUUCCGUAUUAUUUAAUUGUACCUUAGAGAAUACUUACAUAUCAAUUUUGUUGCAUAUUCGAGACUCGAAAGUCCCAUAGCGUACUAUAUAUAUCUCCGUUGUCUUUCUCAUAAAUCAGACGUAUAUCGGAUGUCUUUGAGUGAUUCCUCUCUGUGGUUCUUUUAUAUCGCGUAACAAUUACGGGCAAGGUGAGCGAAAUCACUUUGUACAUAUCUGUUUUAAAACAUAGGUAGUCGCUUAAAGAUAUCGGCUAAGUGUAAUUAUAGUUUAUAUGAAAAUAGUGAAGCGCGCGCGCUAUGGUGAAAAGUUUGCUUGACGACCAUCGAUAUUGUACAGUUUAUUGUGUAAAGAGUAAGGCGCUGUGCUUUACAUCCUUUUUUUCGUGCUAAAUUCGUGAGAUGUAAAUAUCGCGUGAAAUGCACACGUAAGAAUCUAAGAAUGCGCGACUCGCGUAAGUUCCUAUAAUGAAAAAUUAAAAAUUCCCAACUUUUUUUUCGUCUUUCAUUCAGUCGACAGAACUCUUGACUGUUCGUGUUCUGUGAGUCGGUAUGCAGUUUUAACUUUGUGGGUCGGGGCGGGAGUUGUGUUUAUUAUCGGACCCCCUGUCUCGAAAUUGUAAAUAGAUUAUUAUACAUAAAUGCAUAUACACAAUGCCGACGUGCAUCCGAAAAUUACCAGAACAUUAAGGAAAUAUAAUGGAUCUCGUUAUUUCUAAAUGUCGUGUAUACAUUAGAUAAACAUAGACAUGCUGAAAAUAAGAGUACGCUCUGUCGUUGAACCCGGUCGUAAGAUUGCAAGGCACAUUGCGCUCUCUUGUAAAAAAAAUACAAAAAAAA